UGCUUCCAAAAAAAUUAUUCUUCCUUAUAUCAAUUAUAAACAUAUAUAUUCCACUUAAUACAUAAAAUACAAAAUUUACGAAUAUUGCCAUCAAUAGGGUGCAUAUGGCCGAUUUUUUUCCCAAUAAUUUCUCAGAUGUUAGCAACAUUGUUUCAACACGUUAUUGGAAUUUUCGACAGCCCGCGUGUUUUGUUGCGUUUUGCAAGUGAAAAAAUACGAAUUUAGGAAUAUUAUAAAUAUUUAAUUAAAUUAAAGAAAGUGCAGAAAAAUGUCGACUUCACUGCAGGAGCAAUUACAGCGCCUGGCCGUGCCCCAGACCAUGGCAUUGGCUGAUUCGCGUUCGAAAGCUUCAGUGCUUUUUGAUCGUAAAGAAGCUGGCACGAAAACACGGCGUAUCAUAUAUGAAAUAGGUUUAGCUGGUUUGCAGGAGCUCACAGCGCUGAAUCCCAUCUUUCAGUCUUUUGAAAAUACGCUAUUCAAUGAAUCCACUAUUGAUUUGGAACGUUCCGUCGAGGAGGAAGAAGUAAAUAAACUACUCGAUCGUAAUAUCAAAAAAUUCCUACAACACCUUUCACCCUACUUCUUGUUGCGCCCAACGCUCAUGUGUUUGGAAUGGUUAAUACGUCGUUUUCAUAUACAAGAAUAUAAUCGCAAUGCGCUACUAGCUUUAGCUUUGCCGUAUCAUGAAACGAAUGCGUUCAUAUUAAUAUUGCAAGUAAUACGUAUUAAACAAGCUGAUCAAGAAUGGAAUUGGCUGCGUCCAUUGCAGAAACCCGGCGUGCCUGUGCCCAAAACCGUUCUGAUCAACCGCGCUGCCAGCGAUGUGGCCUUCCUUAAAUUCAUUUGUCAGGCGACAUUGGAUGCUGUGAAAGAGUUGGGCACACGUGCCAACUCGCUGCAGACGCAACUGAAUUUUUAUGCUUCCGUUGUUGUUGGCGCACUCGAGCAUGCAGCUACUGUAGAGGAGUGGCACAUAAUAUCUAUACUACCUUCACUGCUUAAGGGUCUACAAUCUGAAGUAUUGGAUUUCGCAGCGGCCGCUUAUAUUGUGGCCACCCAAUUGGUGGCGCGUACACAAGUAACGCCGAAAUUGUGUAAUGCUUUGUUAGAGCGCGCUGCGUCUGUGUCAUUGGAACGUUUACGUCAAACAGCCGUGUUAUUUUUGGUGUUUAUCUUCGAUAGUCAGCACCGUGCUAAGCCGCAAUUUAGUGAAAAUGCUUUAUUGCAUUUGGCAACAGAAAAAUGGUUUACCGCGAUUUUUGCCGCCUUGGCUAAAGGCAAUGUAUAUUUACAUGCAUUGUAUGUGGCGUUGUUGCAACAAGCGCUCAGCGCCAUACAAGCAGAGCACAAAGAUUCGGAUGCUUUGAAGUCGUUUCUUGAACGUUUAUUAAGUGAUGUGGUGUUGAAUGAUGAUACGGCGGAGGAAAUGAUUAACGCUUUUCUCAAUGCAUACGAAGAGCAGCCGCUGUCACCGCAGAAUGCGAUACAGGAUGGUGAAAUGAUUGAGCUCAGUUCGGACGACGAAGAAAUGACAGCUAAUAAUAGCAACUUCCAAGCUUGGUAUUCUGAUUAUCUACGUAAGCUGGAGCGAAAAUAUCCCGUGGCAUUUGAUCACACCCUAAAGCAUGGUCUAACCUCAAAUUCGCAAGAAUUCGCCAGCAAGCGCAGUGUGCUUAAAAUGGCUUUAGGUUUCCGUUUAAAGACGUUUGAUCCAAGCGCCACAGAUAUCUACGAACAACUCUACCACUACACAGCCAAAAUACGCGCAUUUGCCGUGCAAACCCUCUUGGCAAACUUACGCGAUUACAGCGCGCGUCCUCAAAAUAUGCAUUUACUACGCGAAUGCCUCGCCGAUCGUAUAGCAGACGACAGUGAAUUGGUUAUUAAAGAAAUCUUGAAGUUGCCGACCGCCGAGUUUGUGCAAGUGCUAGGCGCUGAGAAGGUAGCUGAGUCCUUAAUUGCGAUUUUGAAUAAAGUGCAGCAAGAUGCCGAACACUGGGCGCCACUAACAGCAUUAAUCGUGCAGCAUUUAACGAGCGCAGAAAUUGUAGAGCACUACGAUACAAAUAUAGUAUUGUUGGCUUUAAUGCCGCUACUCUUCCCUGACAACAGUAAAACCAACACUUUCAUGGCCAUUACUAACAUACUAAAAAGUCCUUUAAGCGCAAAGAUUGGUUUCUUGCAAGAGCUGAAACUGUUGUGUGAUAGUGAAAGCUUCAACGCAGUCGAAUUUAAGAAACAAUUUCUCGAUGUCAUCUCCAAAUCAACAGCAACGCCGACAGCGUUAAGUCUCUUUCGCAGCGCAGAGACGCAUGGCGAACGCAUCUUUAAAAACGCUUUACAUUUUUCACAUUUCUUGCUGUUAGCCACAGCCUUUUUGAAAACCGAUUUGACUGGCGCCGAGGCUCGUUACGUAUUCACGCAAAUACGCACGAACUACCGACGUUUUCGCGUGCGUCAACUAGACAGCAAACAAUGGGAUUUGGUGGAGAAAGAGAAAUGCAUACCAUUGCAACUGUUCUCCGAUUUUAUCGUCUCGCUAGCGCAGCAUACACAUUUCGAGCAUCUCUUCGAGUGGGAGCAAAUACACGAUGAUCUGCGCACAUUUUUAGACAUUUUCACUCUGCUCGCCGAGGAGGGUUUCCAACAAAGCAAAGCGGCUGCGCAGCAAACCGAAUGGUUGCGUACGUUGAAAGAAGUAUUCGACAAUAUCUUCGAUAAUGCGCAGCAAAAGCUGGAAUUUCUCAGCAAUUUCUAUGUAUAUGAGACUAAUGCCGCGCUUGGCGCCGACUAUGCGCUGCUGCGUUUGCGCGCUUUCAAACUAACCAAUGCGUUAUUCAAAAAUAAAAACAAUAAAUUGCAUAUCAAUACCGCACACGUGUUUCGCUUAGCUAGCGCUUUGAAUGCGCCCUCGGAGACGACGCGUCUACAAGCGCUCGAGACGCUUCAAGUGCUGAAGGCGUGUGCGCAAUUAAGCGCGCCGCUGCAGUACUUCGUCGACAGCAUAUUGGCGCGUAGCUAUGAGUUUAGCAUGGAUCACGAGCAAUUCCCACUCAUACUCUAUACCAUACUGAAGCCGUUGCAUAAGAAACAACAACCACAAAGCUUAAAAGUGUUGCGUGAAAUUGUGCAAUUGGUCACCGCCGAGGAUGCGCUUAAACAUGCCGCGUUCACCGCGCAAAUACUGCAGACGCUCAAGCAUAUAAACGAUGCCAGUUUGCUGGCCGAUUUUAUACCGUUAGGUGCGCGCACGCUCACGCAGACGCACGUCGAGGGCGCCUUGCUGCUUUUGCCGCAACCCUACAGUACUAUAUUGCAAUUGAUAUGCGAUCGUUUUGAGCGUCAAACCAUUGACACUGUGCUAGUGGAUCAAUCCGCCGCUUGGCAAUUCAUCGUGCAGCUAUUCGGUGCGCACAACGUGUACAUACAACAUGGCAGUAAAUUGCGCGCGGCGCCAUGUGUGCUGCUCGAGGCGCUCGAUGAGUACUGCUACGAGCAGAUACCGCAAAUUUACAAAACCGACUUGAUCAAAUUGAUUGUGCAAACCAUGGCCGUCACCGACACCGAUGCAAUCUUUCUAAGCGCCAAUAAAUUGUUGAAGCGUUGCAGCAUCAACUGUGCACCAUUGGUGGAAUUGCUAGCUCAAAUGACGCGCAUCGUUGCAGUCAACGAGGAGGGUGAUGGCGCCGCCGCCAAGCGUAAGUCCAACGUCAUAUCAGCAACAAAGCGUGACGCGCAAGCGCAAAACCAACUCGCAACGCAAAUCACCACCAAAGCUUGGAAGCAGGGUGUCGCAUUGCUGGAAUUGCUCGAGCACAAGAAAAAGCUCGAGGAAGCCGAGCAAUUGCUGCCCGCGCUCUUCGAUUUGUUGCGCUUCUGUUUGGAAUUGGAGGAGCAAGCUGUGGUCGAGUACACCAAACAGUUGACGCUCUCAACGCUGCUACACUGCUGUCAGCUAGCGCAAGCGGCCGGCGUACAAUUGACUAAAGUGUUGCCCAAGUCGACGUUCCGCAUUGAUUUGAUUGUGCAGUGUGUGCGCGCCGCGCAGAAUCCGCAAACGCAGAAUAAUGCUUUGCUGUUGUUGUCACAUUGCGCAGCGCUCUUUCCGCACCAGGUGCUGCACAGCGUUGUGGAUGUGUUCACAUUUAUGGGCUCGUCGGUGGUGCGACACGAUGAUGCAUUCAGCUUUCACAUCAUCAAUAAUGUGAUCGAAUCGAUUGUGCCGAUUUUGGUGCGCUCACAGCAUGCCGACAGUGGUGUCGAACACAGUAACACGUUGGAGCUCGUCAUACCGGUGCUGAAGGUAUUCUCCGAUAUACUUUUGGACGUGCCGGAGCACCGUCGCUUGCCACUGUACAGCAAGCUGCUGUUGACGCUUGGCGGUGAGCAGUUUUUAUGGAUUUUCCUUUGUAUCGUCUUCGAAGCGCAUGUGCUGGAGGAUGAGAAGCAGCGUCUACUGCAACGCAAACACAAGAAUGAUAAGCCCAUCGGUCCGGCAGCGGCGGCUGAUGAGAAAUACUCUAAACGUUUGGAAAUCUGUCUGGAGCUGACCAAUGCAUUCGCGCCCGAAAUUACGCUCGACACUUGCAUUGAGCUACUCGGCUAUAUCAAAUUAUUGCCGAUGGAUAAAGCAGAUACGGUAGGCGUUAAAGCUAAAGCGAAGAAGUCUGUCGACGCCACCGAACAAAGUCUGUUCGAUGUGAAAUGUCGCACCGCCAAACAAUUGCGUCACUACAAAUACGUUAUAAUGCAGUAUCUCUCGGGUAUUUCGAGUUCACCACAAUUUUUGCGUAAAAUCGCUAUGCUUAGCGAUGAGGAACAGUUGGCCAUAAAGCCAUUUUAUCAAAAUUUUAUCAUAAAAACACUCUCGUACAUACCGUUAGUAAAUACAGCCAUCGAAACAGUUGAGGAAACAUCACAAUUGAAAUUCUGGAAAGUCAUACUACAUCAUUUGCACGAUGUGUUGGACAAUGCUAUCUCAUUGCUAUCGCCUGACAUGUUCCUGGUCGUCAUAUACGGUCUCAUGCGUCAUCAAUUGGUCUCCAUACGCAAGAAAGUUAUCGAAUUGUUGAUUAAUAAACUACAAAAACGUGAUGGCUACUUUGAUAGCUGUGAUCCGCAAAAUUUCUAUAAUCUUCUAGAGCCGCUUAGCGACAUCACCAUGGGCAUACUUACACACCACGAGUCGUCGUCAGCCACAUCGGGCACUGCUUCACCCUCCACCCCCACCAAUGAGUUGGUUUUCCUGCAGCAGACAGCGCUCAUUGCCAUCAAACUCUUAUCGAAAAUGUUUGCUUUGCAACAUAUUGACGAGUUCAAGAAAAUACUCGCCCAUCUCAUUAAGGUGCUGAAGCAACGUUCGAAGAUUUCGAAAAUUGUCUUGGCUACAGUUGUGCUCACCAUUAUAGAGAUCUCUUCGAACUUGAAGGCUCACUCGUUAGCUUUGCUGCCGAAAUAUAUGCCUCAAAUGAUAGAGAUCCUACAGGAUCAAGCGAAACUCGUGCAGUCUCAGCUGCCGGAUAACGUGUGCAUCGCAAUCAUAACAGGCACGCAAAAACUCUUCGAAUCGCUGCCACUCUUCCUGGGACCCUACGUCGUCGACGUAAUAACAGCGUUGAGUACAAUUUCCGCCAACAUCAGCGCACAACAAACCGAGCGCGAUCAGCGCGCCACCACCGCCCUGCACCGCAUCAGCCUAAUUUGGUCGAAAAUCGCCAGCGAUGUGCCGGUGCGCAUACUGGUGCCAAGCUGUGAAAAGUCCUAUCGCAAGUUAAUGGCCGCACACAAUUACGCCGAUAUCGCUGUGCUCAUGCAACUACUGCCCGAAUGCAUAAAUAAGACACCAAGCGCCGAGCUGAGUGCCUUACAAAGCGAAUUGGGCGCAUUCUUCUUACACACACUUGAAUUCCGCCUGCAGGUGCGUAACAAUUGUGAGCGUGAGCGCGUUGCCAGCGCGGAGAAAGUCAUUAUUGAUGCAUUCGUUACAUGGGUGCUGAAACUAUCCGAAACCAGUUUCCGUCCAUACUAUCAGAAAGUCUACGAGUGGGCCAUCAAAGAGCGCGCAGAACGUGAAACCAUACUGACCUUCUUCUUGCUCACCAACAAAAUCGCCGAAGCGCUCAAAACGCUAUUCUUACUCUUUGCACGCGAUUUCAUUAAUGAUGCGGCGAACUUGCUCAACGAAUAUAAUGCGGCAAAGCAAAAUAUUGAAGAAGAUGUGGAGGCACUCACCAGCGAUAUUGUCAAAUCCAUUUUGAAUACGCUGUACACGCUGUUCCUGCACGACAGCAACGGUUUCAUUAACAAUCAACGCUUUGAGGCGCUUAUGCAGCCGUUGGUCGAUCAGUUGGAGAAUCGUUUGGUGUUGGAGAGCGAAGAAUUGCAACAGGUUUUGCAGACGUGCCUCGCCCAACUGGCUGCGGCCGUCUCCAAUGACAUCAUGUGGAAGCAACUAAACUAUCAAGUGUUGAUGAAGACACGCACCAAUGUGCCGGAGGUGCGCAUAUUGUCAUUCAAUUGUUGUUUGGAGAUUGCGCGUAAAUUGGGCGAAGACUUUACGCCACUGCUGCCGGAAACGGUGCCUUUCGUGGCUGAGCUCUUGGAGGAUGAGAACCAACGUGUCGAGAAGAAUACACGCAAGGCUGUGCAGGAGCUGGAAAACAUACUUGGCGAAUCGUUGCAGAAUUACUUAUAAGUUUGCUGAUAGAAGAUUUGAAUGUGUAUAUAUAAGAAUUUUAAUAAAUAUUUGACAAAGUUUCCAAGCAUCCAUAAUACAAGAAUCUGCUGUCUAAAAUUAUAAGUUUUCGGGUGCGUUGUUCAUCAAUCAAACACUUCAAAACUAACUAGCAUCACUCAAAUUGGAAAAUUUUCAGCACUCGUCAAUCAUUUUCAUUAAGCCAUGGCUUAGUUAAAAAAUAAUUUCUCAACAUCAAGCAAAUUACACUCAAAUUACUUCACGCGAACCAUCAAUCAAUCAAAUAUUUUAAAAUUCAUAUAACAUCAAUCACACAGUGAAAUUCAAAUCAAGCGCAGAAUAAUAAUGUUUACUUUAAAUCUUCAAUCUGCAGAUCAAUAUUCAUGCAAACCAUCAUCAAUCGAUCUGCAGAUUAAACUUCAUGCAAACCAUCAUCAAUCAAAUAUUUUGAAUUUUAUUUUACAUCAA